AUGAGUGCCGCUAAGAAUGUCGUAUUAGUCGACAACUAUGAUUCUUUCACUUGGAACGUGUACGAAUACCUUUGCCAAGAAGGUGCACAUGUUCAAGUUUUCAGAAAUGAUAAGAUCACCGUGGAGGAAAUAGAAGCUCUUAGUCCAGAUGUGAUCGUCAUCUCUCCAGGUCCAGGUCAUCCACGUACAGACUCGGGUAUCUCAAGAGACGCGAUCCGUUUUUUCACAGGGAAGAUCCCAGUAUUCGGUAUCUGUAUGGGUCAACAAUGUAUGAUUGAUGUCCUUGGUGGUGAUGUGACUUAUGCAGGAGAAAUCGUACAUGGUAAGACCUCUAUCAUUACCCAUGACAAUAAAGGUUUUUUCAAAAAUGUUCCUCAGGAUGUUGCUGUCACCAGAUAUCAUUCUCUUGCUGGUAAUGACCCUACUUUACCAGAAUGUUUGGACGUCACUGCAAGAACAGAAAAGGGUGUCAUUAUGGGUGUUAGACAUAAGAAAUAUACUGUCGAAGGUGUUCAGUUCCAUCCAGAAUCUAUCUUAACUGAAGAAGGUCAUCUAAUGAUUAAGAAUAUAUUGAACGUUACAGGUGGUACUUGGGAAGAAAAUGCUAAAAAUCAAACGUUUUCAACUCUAAAGAAAAAUCAAUCUAUUUUAGACCGUAUAUAUGAACAAAGGAAAGUCGAUGUUAAGGAACAACAAAUGGUUCCAGGCUUCACAAUGAGAGAUUUAGAAAGUAAUUUUAAAUUAGGUUUAGCUCCAUCCGUACAAAAUUUUUAUGAAAGAUUACAAGUCCCUCAAAAUUCUUCAAAGAGAGCUGUAGUACUAUCUGAAGUCAAACGUGCUUCUCCAUCCAAGGGUAACAUUUUCAUUGAUGCUGUUGCUGCAGAGCAAGGUUUGAAAUACGCGAAGGCAGGUGCUUCAGCUAUAUCAGUAUUAACUGAACCACACUGGUUCAAAGGUACCCUUCAAGAUUUGAUUAAUGUAAGAAGAGUCCUAGAUAAUGAAUUUAAGAGUAAUCCAGAGGCUAGACCAUGUGUCUUAAGAAAAGAAUUCAUUUUCAAUAAAUAUCAAAUCCUAGAGGCUAGAUUAGCAGGUGCAGACACUGUACUAUUAAUUGUAAAAAUGUUAAAACAAGAUGAAUUGGAAGAAUUAUACACUUAUAGUGUCAAAGAAAUGGGCAUUGAACCACUAGUGGAAGUUAAUUCUAAAGAAGAGUUAGAUAGAGCAAUUUCCAUUGGUGUUAGAGUAAUUGGUGUCAACAACAGAGAUUUACAUUCCUUUAAUGUUGAUCUAAAUACUACAUCUAAACUUGUGGAUUCCACUCCGAAGAACACUUUAUUGAUUGCUUUAUCUGGUAUCACCAGUGGCGAAGAUGCAGAGAAGUACAAAGAACAAGGUGUACAUGGUUUCUUGGUCGGUGAAGCUCUAAUGAAAUCAGAGAACGUUAAAAAAUUCAUUGAUGAGUUGACCGUUUAA